ACUGCUCGCCUUGUAAUCAUGAUUUAAAUGCCCUUAACUUAGAAUACAGCACUCAUAAAACGUACACACACGCAAAAGGGACGUGACAAUAAAUGUAUUGCUCGCCUUGUGAAGCUCGAAUAUCAUUUCACUGCUCUUAGUUUAGAAUACAGCAUUCCAAAACGCACAAUGCAUGCAACAGGGGUGUGUGAAAAUAACUUUAAUAUUUCCUUCUGCCGCGCAACGCCUGUCCAGUUUUGCACAGGGACUCAAACACAGAUGGUGGUGUUGCGGAAACACCACAACCUCCCUCUCCCAACCUCCACCCUCCACACCCCCAUCAUCAUCAUCCUCGAAGUUGUCAUUCACUUCUCCUUCGACAUUUAAGUUCCGUCUCGAAGUAGUCGUUGCUAUCCGCCGUCGCCGCUGCUGUUUGUACAAGAUCUCCAGAGGAGCUUUUGGGAUGGCGGGCUGGCUGGGGAUGUUCAUUGCCGCCGCGGUCUUGCUCUGCCUCAUGCACCCGGGCCCCUGGGUACGCGGAGAGGCCUUCCACCAGUGCAGCGUCGUCGGCGACGUGGCCGAUUGCUCGCGACGUGGCCUCACGGCCGUGCCGGCCAGACUACCGCCCUCCAUCGCCCAGCUGGACCUGUCUCACAACCGCAUUGAAUCGCUGUCAGCCAACGACUUUUCUCACGUGCCGUUGCUUCGCGUCCUCAACCUGGCCUUCAACUGCAUUCGCGACAUACAUCCCGGGGCUCUGGCGCACACCGCUCUUCUCCAGCACUUGGACCUCUAUCACAAUGAGCUGCUUGAGAUUCCUGCGGAAGCCGUGGGCAACCUCCGCCUGCUGCAGGUCCUCAAUAUCUCCAUGAACAACUACACGUCUUUCUCUCUGGGCGGAGCAUUUGCAAAUCUGCACAGCCUCAGGUCGCUUACUAUCGGCACCACUCGCACGGACGUCCUCAACACGUCGGACUUCAUGGCACUGCAGAACGUCAGCGUGACGCAUCUGAAUGUCCACACAGGCUCCCCGCUCAUUAAGUUCGAACCAGGAGUGCUCGCCCCGUUUAAGAUGCUCCAGAGCUUCCGAAUGAACUUUACCGUCGAUGAUGACCCGGUCAUAUUUUCCAAGGUUCUCCUCGAUUUAAAUAAAACGAAGGUUUCCGAGUUUCAGACAGACCGAGUGCUGCUGAAUCCUGUGAAAAAUACGUCCAUCGAUUUAUUUUAUGGCCUUGAAAAGUGCUCUCUGCUCAGAAACUUCACACUCGUGGCUGCCAAUCUCACAGACCACGAAAUAACGAGCCUACUGAAAAACAUCUACUUGUCUCAGAUCACGUCUGUCGAGAUAACAAACUCGUCGUACACGGAUAAAAACGUCGUCGUAUUCUUCAACGUUGAGAAUGUGACCAAACUAUCGCCUCUUGAGAAAGUAACAAUCAAUCAGAUUUUUCACCUGAACAUGACCUACCCAAAGUUUGCUAUCAAUUUCACACUUUUUCCAUCCUUUUCCAAACUUAAAAUAUCCCACACUGGCAUGAACAAAGUGGAGUGUUUUUUCAUGAAACUCAAAUUUAUCACUUGGCUCGACUUCUCAAGCAACCUCCUCGACGAGGAAGGCCUCUGGUGGACAAACUGCAAAUAUACAAUCAUCCUUCCACGUGCCACUGAACUUUAUAUCAGCAAUAACAAGUUCACGGAUCUUCAAAUCAUAUCCAGCAUGGUGUCUCUAAUGCCAAGCAUUAAGUUGCUGGACGUUGGUUACAAUUAUAUCACUGACAUUGACGACUGCAGUUGGCCUCCAACUCUCGAAACACUGAUCCUGCGGAACAAUGACAUCAGCAAAGAUUCCCGCAUCUGCACAUCACCGCAGCUGAAGGUGCUAGAUCUUUCUUACACGCGGAUGGAGUCUGUGCCCUAUUACAUCCUCGAUGAUGCAAAGUCCUUGAGAGAGCUGUACCUGACGGGCAAUAACAUCCACUACAUCCAGCCAGAAAUACAGUCCUCAUCCCUGCAGGUCCUGCACAUUAACUACAACACACUGGGAAUCAUAACUAAGGGGACAUUUCAACUCCUUCCGAAAAUCAGGGCCCUCAAAUUGGGAAACAACCUCUUUUAUUGCAUGUGCGACCUUUACUGGUUCCGCCAGACGUUUGAUAAAUCUCUCCUGGUGGAUUGGCCUAAAGAUUACGUCUGCAGUUAUCCAGAGAAUCUGGCAGAGAAGACUAUGGAUUGUUUCAACCCGAGCAUUGUUUCCUGCGACAAAAGGAUCACGAUCGGGCUCAGCGUCGUAAUCACGGCAAUGGUCGUAGCGUUGGUUUUGGGCCUGGGUUAUUACUGCGACGCCCUCUGGUACAUAAAGAUGGGCUGGAUAUGGGUGGGAGCCAAGCGGAGGGGCUACAAUCGCGUAACUAGUGGGGAAGCACCCCCCUUUGAGUACAACGCGUUCAUCUCCUACAGCCACAUGGACUCGGACUGGGUGGAGGGAACUCUGGUGCCGAAGCUCGAGAGGUCGGGCUCGAACCUGAAGCUGUGCAUGCACGAACGGGACUUCACCCCGGGGGAGUGGGUCGUGGACAAUAUCAUUCGCUGCAUCGAGGGGUCCUCCAAGACACUUUUCGUCCUCUCCACGAACUUUGUGAAGAGCGAGUGGUGCCACUACGAGCUCUACUUUGCGCAGCACCGCAUGCUGGAGCAGCGCCAGGACUCGCUCGUGCUGGUCCUGCUCGAGUCGCUGCCCAAAAGCUCGUUGCCGAACAAGUUCUGCAGGCUGCGUCGGCUCCUCAACAGAAAAACCUACCUGGAGUGGCCAGCGGAGGAGAGCAAGCGGGCCAUCUUCUGGGCCAGCCUGCAGGCCAUACUGCAGACGACCUCCAAUCCCACCAACCCCGUGACAUAAAGCCACAAUAGUUCUCAACUCGUUGGUCUAGUGGCCCAAAGGCCCCCAGAAAACUGGGCCCCGCUCUCCGCCCACCCCACCACCCACCAUCACCUCCGUCCUAUUCACAGAUGUGAUGUUGCCGUGUGGUUUCAUCCAAUUAAGUAAUUAUGUUGAGUCAUUUGCAAAUUUGGAAAAUUCGGACCAUGGCACCGGAACACGUGGCUUACUCUUGUUUGGUUAAUGUCACAGGAUUGCUUGGUUAAUGUCACCAGGCGAGGUAGUUAACAUCUGGCCACCAUGAUGACCUGUUAAUACACUCACAGUAAUAACUGAUUACAAAACGUAUCUUCAGUUGAUGCUGAUGUAAAAAAAACACGUGUCAUUCGGAGUACAGUGUUGCAUCACCGACACAACUAUCUGGCUCUUGGGACACAAUAGCACAAAUUAUGUUUAAUGACAACUAAAUUAUAUCUAAUUGAAGUAUGUCAUUGCAUUACAUAAUUUGAAAUUGGUAUCUAAGUUACAUCUCAAAGCAAUUGGUAAUGUCAUUUGAAUGCAUUUUUCUUGAACCUCUUUUGGUGGGCAGAUAUAUAAGUGGGAUGUAUGGUUGCGGUGAUAUAAUUUUCGGCGAUAUAAAAUUUCAUGACAUAACAGUUCCCCGUAACUUUGCAAUUGUAUUUUUGUCUGCUUUACUGUACAGUCUGUUCUCCUAUAAUGCGGUAGCAGUUUUUGCGUUCCUGAAGAACACCGGGUUGGGGGAAAAAAGCGCGUUAUCAUGAAUAAUGCAGGGUAAAGCACAGUCCGCGAUAACGCCUGAGAUGCCUACGCAGGCUUAACAAACACUUAGGCGCGUGGGUUGCAUCUGGAAGCAUUCAGUAGCAUCCCGCCUUGUGUGAUGCUACGCCAAGGCAGCCGUUACAACCGCAUAUUAUUCCUACUCGAUUGCGUUAUAUUCAAUUCGCAUGUGCGUUGUAAAGGAAAAAAAUGUGUUCCCUAAUACAUUCAUCGCGUUAUAUCCAAUUCGCGUUAUGAAUACAAUGCACGUUACAGAACAGACCUUACUUACAGUUUGCAUAUUACGGAAAAGAUUUUCAACUGCUUUUCACGCUACACAAGGCGUCGUCUCAUUACACUUAUAUGGAACUAUCGUUUUUGAUGGAAUAAGAACGGAUAAUACACUGUAACAUGAUAACAAAUGUAAUGUUAAUGGCUUCAAAAAGUCCAAGAGUCUCCACUUGUUUGCCAUCAGGGGCGGAGCCAGGAUUUUGUCUUU